GUCCGCGCAUCUCUCGGCCGCCGCGGCGGUCUACCGGAGUUGGUUCCGAUUUUCGGGUGUUGUGCGUUGGCUGGGCGACCGCGCGCGGGUGGUGAUUUGACGUGGUGCUCCACGUCCACACACCACUAACUGUGCGGCGGCCGGCACCAUGGGCAACACCGACUCCAAGCUCAACUUUAGGAAGGCUGUGAUCCAGCUGACGACGAAAACGCAGCCGAUCGAGGCCCGUGACGAAGCAUUCUGGGAGCAGUUCUGGGGCGAGUCGGGGCUGCAGAGCGUCCAGGAUGUGUUUGCCCUGGUGCCCGCAGCCGAAAUCCGGGCGUUGCGCGAGGAGGCCCCCUCGAACCUGGCCACCCUGUGCUACAAGGCAGUCGAAAGGCUGGUGCGCGCUGCCGACUCCCUCUGCAACACGGCUGCCCAGCAAACAGCCGUGCUCAACUGUGUGCGGCUGCUGACACGCAUCCUGCCGUACAUCUUUGAGGACUCGGACUGGCGAGGCUUCUUCUGGUCCAGCCUUCCUGGAUCAGCCGAGGACGACGCAGCCGCCAAUGGAGGAGCACAGACGGAGUCACUGGCCCAGUCACUUAUCACGGCACUGUGUGACUUGCUGUUCUGCCCGGAUUUCACAGUGUCCUGUUCAAAGAAGUCUGGCCCUGAGCAACCGGAGGAGCCGUGGUCCCUGGACAGCUGCGAGUACAUCUGGGCGUCGGGCGUUGGCUUUGCCCACUCGCCGCCCUGCGUGCCGCAGCACGACCAGAACCGGCUUGAGCUACUCAAGCUGCUACUCACCUGCUUCUCGCAGACCAUGUACCUAACUUCACAGGAGGCCCACCAGCAGCCCAACAAGUGGAUUCACUUCUUCACGUCAGCUGACAACAGGCACGCGUUGCCUCUGUUCACCUCGCUGCUGAACAUCGUGUGUGGCUACGAUCCCGUCGGCUACGGCCUGCCCUUCAACCACCUGCUCUUUGCCGACCAUCGAGAACCGCUCGUCGAAGUUGCGCUGCAGCUACUUGUGGUCACCCUGGACCACGACUUCCGGCCGCCCCAGCAGCAGAACAACGCCGGUAGCAACGGUGCGGGCCCCGAAGGUGAGGCCUGGUGCGAGAACCUCUUCAUCAACUACCUGUCGCGCAUCCACCGAGAGGAGGACUUUGCCUUCGUGUUGAAGGGCUUCACGCGGCUCCUGAACAACCCGCUGAUGCGCACCUACCUGCCCCACUCGGCCAAGCGCAUCGCCUGCCACCAGGAGCUGCUCGUCUUCUUCUGGAAGAUGUGCGACUACAACAAGAAGUUUCUGUUCUACGUGCUGAAAAGCUCCGAAGUGCUGGACAUCCUGGUGCCCACACUAUACCACCUGAACGAUGCCCGCGCCGAUCAGUCCCGUGUUGGCCUGGUGCACAUUGGUGUGUUCAUCCUGCUGCUGCUGAGCGGGGAGCGCAACUUUGGCGUGCGGCUCAACAAGCCGUACUGUGCGAGCGUCCCCAUGGACAUUCCAAUUUUCACGGGCACCCACGCCGACCUGCUCAUCAUCGUUUUCCACAAGAUAAUCACCACUGGUCACCAGCGACUGCAGCCCCUCUUUGAUUGCCUUCUCACCAUCAUUGUAAAUGUGUCACCUUAUCUCAAGACAUUGUCCAUGGUGGCCAGCACCAAGCUGCUCCAUCUACUUGAAGCAUUCAGCACACCGUGGUUCCUCUACUCAAACCCAACCAACCACCACCUGGUGUUCUUUCUGCUGGAGAUCUUCAACAACAUCAUACAAUACCAGUUUGAUGGCAAUUCAAACCUGGUGUACACUGUGAUUCGGAAAAGGCACGUGUUUCAUGCGCUCGCAAACCUGCCCACCGAGCAGGGCACGAUAGAGCGCUCCCUGAGCCGGCGCUCCCGCAGCAAGGGCCCCACCCCCAGUGUCCCGACCACGCCUUCCGAGGAGCCCAGCCCUCCUCCGACAACGCCCACGGCCGAGUCCGAAACCCAGCCUCCACCGGAGGAGGCGCCGCCCUCAUCCAGCCUCAAUGCCACUCUAGCUGCUACUCCACGCCUAGAGAAAAUGACUGAGCAGGCACAUCCAGUGUCCUCGCCAACAGGCAGCACAGCCACAAGUCCUGUGGAGAAGUCUCCACCUCGCAGUAUUUCCAAGGGUAGCGGAGGAGGGCUGGUGCGGGCUGGGAGCAACGACGAGGAAUGGCGCGGCCCGACGCCCGAGUGGGUGGCAUCGUGGAAGCAGAAGCUUCCCCUGCAGACCAUCAUGCGUCUACUGCAGGUCCUGGUGCCCCAGGUCGAAAAGAUCUGCAUCGACAAAGGUCUGACGGAUGAGAGCGAGAUCCUCAAGUUCCUGCAGCAUGGAACGCUUGUCGGACUCCUGCCUGUGCCGCAUCCGAUCCUGAUACGCAAGUACCAGUCCAAUGCGGGCACUACGAUGUGGUUCCGGACCUACAUGUGGGGACUCAUCUACCUGAGGAACGUGGACCCCCCCAUCUGGUACGACACGGAAGUACGGCUGUUCGAGAUCCAGCGACUCUAGUCACAUCAGCGCUUUGCCUCGUCGACAGCCUCGAGACCGAUAGGGAAUCCGUGCGAGCGUAGCACGCAUACAGCGGCCUGCGUGUUUUACAUUAGUGACCCGUAGGACACUCGACAGGCUGACCAGUGACGGAUAGUGUUCCUACAGGUGCCGGUGCCCUCGGAUGCCCGCUGCACAGCCGGCCGGAGCAGUUUCCUGCCCACGCUGUCUGGUUUUCAGCGCUGUCUAAUGCAGACGACUCUGCGUCGCACAUUCCAGUUUUACACGAACUGCAUUUCUGAUAAGCCAGGGAAGCAUGUCCUGCUUGUGGCGUUCUGGUUUUGAAGCUGUUAAGUGCAGCACCUGUAUGUUCUGCCAAACUGCAUGAUGCACCCGUGUUGGUGUGACUGCGUUACCUGUGAAAUUCAUCGAACAGGCGGCAUCAAUGAUUAGUGAAUGCAACGACUUUCCCGCAUCGUCUGUUUUAGAGGGUGGACAGAUCAGUCUACUUCUUUCAGUAAGCUUCCAUCUACAGGUACGACCGCACCUAAGGUGAACACCUCAUCAGUAUUCAAGCCGGUAAUACUAGAACAUUUGUUCAACUUCGCAAGUGGAAUGUCCGUUAUAAGACGUCCAGUCAUGGUGUCGAUAAACAAAAUACUAAUUUUCCGAUUUAUGUAUUGAACAUCAGCUUCUAUGAGGCCUUGAAUAUAGGGAUGGGUGAAUAUUCGGGCGUUUCGAAUAUUCGAAUGAAUAUUACAGUAUUCGAAUUCGCUUCGAUACGAAUUUAGAUUAUUCGAAAUUUCGAAGUAUUCGAAAUGAAUAUAUGUAUACAUGUGACUGCACAUAACCCUCUGUAAAGGUGGUUUCACUGCAGCGUCUCGUUGCUGUGCCGCGAAACAACCCAUCCAGGGGAAAUCUGCACUGCCGCGAAGCCACACUUCAAGGUUAAAUGUACAUAUUUUUUUAAGUUUAAAAGCGUGUUAUAUGGGCUUAUAUGCACUAAGUAUAGUAAUUUUUAAAUUGUAACAGCCACUUAUAACUUGCACCCUACUGCUAUUCAAAUCUUGAUACUAUUCGAGGCUGCUUCCACUUCAUUUCAAACCAAAAAAGUGACAUUCACUCAUACCUAGUUCCAAUCCUUAAAGAUAUUGUGCAAGGGUCAUGACAAAAAUGCUCAUUUUUCUUAAUAAUAUGCGCUAAUUACUAUUCGAACUAUUCAAUUCGAAAUUAUUCGACCAAAUCACUAUUCGCUUCGGAUUCGCUUCGAACCUCAAAUUCACUAUUCGCGCAUCCCUACUUGAAUACUAAUGAGGUGUGCACCGUAGAGGUGGACGACCCCGUACAGCACUGGCAGGGGCAGCAAGGACAGGCUCGGCAAAUGAUGGCCAGCGACAGGUUCCAACAAUCUUACAGUGAGAAAGCUAAAAAAAUUUGUGCCUUCGCUGUGGUCAUCGUAAACGCAAACUGACCAGUCAUUGGCUCGUUAGGUGACGGCACUUCAGUUUCGCUUUUGUUCGUAUCAGGCUGAGCUGGGUGGAGGUUUAAUCCUCGUCUUUAAAAAGGGCCCAGUGGUGUCGUGCUCCUGCAAAAGAUGGCACUGUAGAGCUUUUUCUAUAUUUACAUGCCCUCCUAUCUACGGAUUCCAGCAGACAGCAAGCAAAACUGUCGGGCGGCAAAAGAUGCACAGUGACAUUUCGCAGCUGGUAAUUGGUAGACACCGUUGAACAUUUAAAUGCAAGUUGAGCUGGAAAUGAACACUUGCUUUUUUUUCUUUGCUGGGCCACCAUUUUUCCUACUACUGCCUGAUGCGCAACUCGUAAUUAUCAAGUUGCUAACAGAGGUUCCACGAUAGUGUCGGUCAACAUUCCACCUCUGAAAUAGACUGUAUCAAAUCUAAUUUAACGUGUGAAUGGCGAGUGAUGGUUGCAGAAGUCAUGUGGAUACAAAUGAGCGAAUAAAGAUUUACCAAGCAAUUAAGCAUGCAAAA